GCAGACGACGCAGCGUACAGUCAGUAUCGGGAUAUCGGCUUUUAUGCACGCGGAAACUCGACAGUUCGUCAGUAUAAUUGAUUUCCUCGUAUGCGUUAGUCUUGACUGAUCGCAUUUAGUAAAAUAGUCACGAUCUAACUCGAAGCUUAAACCGUGCUGGAAGAUAUUAUGGAGCAAAAUAAAAAGACACCUUACUCGCAUUCCGGUGACAAGGAGGAAGAUGAGAUAUUAUUGCUACCAGUUACUUACAUUCUCCAAAUUCCUGGGAAACAAAUCAGGGCCAAAUUAAUACAAGCUUUCAAUUACUGGUUAAAAAUACCGCAAGAUAAGUUCCACGCUGUCAGAGAUAUUAUACAGCUACUUCAUACCUCCAGUCUCCUAAUUGAUGACAUUCAAGAUAAUUCAGUUUUAAGAAGGGGCAUUCCUGUAGCUCAUAAUAUUUAUGGUGUAGCAAGUACAAUAAAUGCUUCAAAUUAUGGUUUAUUUAUCGCUUUAGAAAAAGUAAUGGCUUUAAAUCAUCCUGAGGGUACUCAAGUAUAUUUGCAGCAGUUAUUAGAACUUCAUAGAGGUCAGGGUAUGGAACUGUAUUGGAGAGAUAAUUAUAUGUGUCCCUCUGAAACAGCGUAUAAACAAAUGAUAAUCCGAAAAACUGGUGGGCUUUUUAAUAUGGCUAUAAGAUUAAUGCAAUUAUUUUCCGACUCUAAAGAAGAUUACGUAUCUUUAGUUAGUAUGUUAGGACUUUACUUCCAAAUUCGAGAUGAUUACUGUAACCUGUGUGUAAAAGAGUAUGCCCUUAAUAAAAGUUAUUGCGAAGAUCUCUCAGAAGGAAAAUUUAGUUUUCCCAUUAUACAUGCUUUACGGACUCAUCCAGAAGAUAGACAAAUAUUAAGUAUUCUUAGACAACGCACUAAGGAUAACGAGGUAAAACGGUAUUGUGUUAACUUGCUAGAAAAGUUUGGAUCUUUUGCCUACACAAGAACCGUAUUGGAAGAUAUGGACAAAGAAGUAAGGAAGAAGAUUCAAUGUCUAGGUGGAAAUCCUUUAUUAGUACGACUGUUAGAUGAAUUGAUGAACUGGAAACAUCAUGAUUCUUAGCAACAUGAUAAAAAUGAUAAAGAAGAAGCACUUUGAUUAUAUUUUACCAUUUGCAAUUAUGUAUAUACGAUCUAAGUUAUAUAUAUUUCAUGUUUUCUAUGAUUAGUAGAUAUCUGAUAGUUAAGACCAACAAUCUUAUAUAAUAUUUGUAAGAGAAAAAAGUUAUAGAGGUGCUUCUAAUUCUUUUUCUUUGAUAUGUAAAUAAUACAUAUCAUUAAUGAUUAAAAUUAUUUUAAAAUUUAUAUAUAAAGGAUAAUAGGUCUUUUUUUUCCUUAUGUUGUUUAUCGGGUCAUUGUAGUUGAAGUUCAAAUGCUAGUUGCUAUAUAGAAAAUAUUAACAUAACAUAUUAAAUUUUGUAAUACAAAAUGCAAUGAGUGAAAUACUUUCCAGUAACACAAAUGACAGUGUUUUAGUAUAAGUCUGUCGGCAUUUUUUUGAUAAGUAAAUAUUUAUAAGUAUGCAAGCACAUAUUUACUUUUUAAAUUAAGUUCGUUAUUAUGAUUUCAUAUGUUUUUUACAAACAGUACAAAUGUAGAUUACUAGUUUUGCUAAACAUGAAACUUAAUAAUUUGAGAUUAUUUUCAAUUGACUUUUAAUAUAUAUUUCAUAACAGACAACUGUGUAUUGAUUCUGAUGGAAUAUUUUUAACAAAAGAUUAUCUCGAUCAUGGGGUAAAUAUCUAAAAAAAGCUUAAGAAUAUUUUGAGAAUAUUGUAUUUAUAUGCAUUGAACAAUUAGAAGAAAAAUGAAAUUAAUUUAUUAUAUUAUAUAAUUACUAAUAUGUUUAUUGAACAAAGCGAUCAUCAUUACUGUAUUAUAUUCUUUAUGUAUUCGGAAUGAACUAAUGAUAAUAAAUAAAUCCGAAUUUUCUUGUUCUGAUAGAAAUGAAAGUUAUAAUAAAGAAGUAGUGUGAAAUGAUUUUAGCAAUUACGUUUUCACGAACUUUUAUCAUCAUGUACAAUAAUUUAAUAAGUGCAAUAAAUAAUAUUGAACUUAUAAUUAGUAUCAACUGCUUGUAUGGAAAUUUUACCACUGAUUUCUACCUUGUGGAAUCAUACAUUGUACGAAUUAGUAAUGUGAUAUACACAACAUGUAUUAUUGCAUACAAAACUAUUUGUAGUGAAUAAAUACAUAUAUCUUCAUUAAAUUUAAGCAACACAUA